AUGAAGGAGGAAGUUAUAAGGGGAGAAAUCGCAGUACCGACAAGAAUUCAUGGUCUCAAAAUUAUUGUGCAGAUGCACAUGGGAGCAGAAAUAUUGGCAGAAGUACCGAGGGAUAGGCCAGAUGGUCAUGAGUUCGAUGUGUGCAAGGUUCUCUUGAUAUCUGGAGUAGCUACUUGGAGGGUGGGAUCACGUUUCAGAUUGGCACCCGCCGAGGCUGUAGCUCAGGUGUUUGGAAUCAUGUAUGUCCAUGAUGCAUAG